GCUUCUCCUCCGCGGGAAACAAAAAUGGCGAGGGGCUACGGUGGAGCCGGGCUGUCUGUGAAGCGGGUCUGACCCCUCCCCCGCCGCCUUUCCUCCGCUGCGCCGCGGGGUCCGUGCUCGGGGGGGGUCCCUCCGCGCACCGAGGGCCCGGCCGUACCGGGGCGCCGGGGGGAGGCUCCUGAGCUCGCUGAUUUCCCUGUAUGAGGCGGUUGGCACCACUGGAGAGACCGAAUGAGAGACUCUACAGCGGUGGGUAAUUCACUGGUCCAUAAGCGGUCUCCUUUACGUCGAAGCCAUAAGACCUCAGCAUCUCUGACCAAGCUGUCAUUACGUGAUGGACAGAAAGCCAAAAAGCCACUGUGUAAAUUUGAAGAAGGUCAGGAUGUCCUAGCUAGAUGGUCAGAUGGCUUGUUUUAUCUUGGAACUAUCAAAAAGAUAAACAAACUGAAACAGAACUGCUUCAUUAUAUUUGAAGACAGUUCCAAAUCCUGGGUUCUCUGGAAGGACAUACAAACAGGAGCCACUGAAAGUGGGGAAAUGGUCUGUACAAUAUGUCAGGAAGAGUAUUCAGAAGCACCGAAUGAAAUGGUUAUAUGUGAUAAAUGUGGGCAAGGUUAUCAUCAGCUGUGUCACACACCAAAUAUUGAUUCCAGCGUGAUUGAUUCAGAUGAUAAAUGGCUCUGUCGACAGUGCGUUUUUGCAACAACAACAAAGAGAGGUGGUGCGCUUAAGAAAGGACCAAAUGCCAAAGCACUGCAAGUCAUGAAACAAACAUUACCGUAUAAUGCAACAGACCUUGAGUGGGAUGCAGGUCAUAAAACCAAUGUCCAGCAGUGUUACUGCUAUUGUGGAGGACCUGGAGACUGGUAUCUAAAGAUGUUGCAGUGCUGCAAAUGUAAGCAGUGGUUUCAUGAGGCUUGCGUGCAGUGCCUCCAAAAGCCAAUGCUUUUUGGUGACAGGUUUUAUACGUUCAUUUGCUCAGUUUGCAGUUCUGGACCAGAAUACCUCAAACGUUUACCCUUGAGAUGGGUAGAUAUAGCACAUUUAUGCCUUUACAACCUAAGUGUUAUUCAUAAGAAGAAAUACUUUGAUUCAGAGCUUGAACUCAUGGCCUACAUUAAUGAAAACUGGGAUAGAUUGCAUCCUGGUGAGCUGGCAGAUACACCAAAAUCUGAAAGAUAUGAGCAUGUACUGGAGGCAUUAAAUGAUUACAAGACCAUGUUUAUGUCUGGAAAAGAAAUAAAGAAAAAGAAGCAUUUGUUUGGCUUGAGAAUUCGUGUUCCUCCUGUGCCACCGAAUGCUGCUUUAAAGGCUGAGAAAGAACCAGAAGGAACUUCUCAUGAGUUCAAAAUUAAAGGCAGAAAAUCAUCUAAACCAAUCCCUGAUGUGAGGGAAUUAAGUAAUGGUAUAGAAAGAAAGGGGAAAAAAAAAUCAGUAGGUCGUCCACCUGGUCCCUAUACAAGAAAAAUGAUUCACAAAACUCCAGAGUCGCCUCCUCUGGAUAAUGAACCAGUUCCAGUGAUAGAGAACCCAGCCUUGGAAUUACCCUGCACUGUUGGGAAAUCUGAUGGAACUGCACAUUCAUCCAAUACCUCAGAUGUGGAAUCCACAGGUGCUGCCAGUAUGAAAGAAACUACCUCAUCUAGCAUUUCCAGACAUUAUAGUUUAUCCGACUCGAGAAAAAGGACUCGUACAGGAAGAACUUGGCCUGCUGCAAUACCACAUUUGAGAAGAAGAGGUCGCUUUCCACGAAAAGCACUCCAGACUCAAAAUUCAGAAAUUGUAAAAGAUGAUGAGAGCAAAGAAGAUUACCAGUAUGAUGAACUCAAUACAGAGAUACUUAACAACUUAGCAGAUCAGGAGUUACAGCUCAAUCAUCUAAAGAACUCUAUUACUAGUUAUUUUGGUGCAGCAGGUAGAAUAGCUUGUGGGGAAAAAUACCGUGUUUUGGCUCGUCGGGUGACACUUGAUGGAAAGGUGCAGUAUCUUGUGGAGUGGGAAGGAGCAACUGCAUCCUGACUGUAGGACUGAACAUUAUGUUCACUGCACUGUCAUCUGUAAGUACAGUUCAUAAUGCAGAGCCACGACAGAAAUGUGUCUUUAAGUGUGUUUCUAAAAACAAAACAAAACCAGUUUAGCCUUAACAUGUAAUUGUUAUCAUUACAGUUCUUGUGAUAAAGACUUAUCUUUUUAAAACCUGAUCUGAAACUUAAAUUUUUUUAAUCUGAACAUUGUUAGAUUGUUUUAGGUUGGGAUAUUUUGGGUUACAAUUGCUUAAAAAUGUGCAUGGUGUUUAAAAAAAAAAAAGACAUUUUCUAGAGAACAUUCCAUGGAUACAGUUAUUGUGAUUUAGAGAAAAUAUUAUGUAGAUAGCACAAAUAUUUGAAAAUUUUGGUUUGUUUUCUUACCCAAAUGUUUGCAGAAAUGUAUUUCUAUUUCAAUACUUUCUAGAUUUCAUAAGUGCAGUGUAUAUAAUGCCUACUGAAGACUGUAAAAUACUGAAGUUUUCUUUCAAACAAAGUGUAAAAAAAAAAAAAAGAAAAAAAUAUAUUGAGCCUGUAAAUUGCUCUGUGACCAGACUUCAUUGUCUUCUUAAUAUAUUCUGUGUGUGUGUGUGUGCGCGCAUGUGUGUGUGUGUAUAUACAUAUGUAUAUAUGCACACACAUAGUUGUGCGUGUAUAUAUAUAUGUGUGAUUGUGACCUAUGCAAUACAAAUUAUGGGAUCGGGCAGCUUCUGAGAAAACAUCCCAUAAUUCUUUUUUCAGGAAUAGUUGCCAGUAUUUACACAGCAGCAUUUCUUCUCAGGCUUAUUGGGUGCUGUUGCUUUCUGUGUACUAAGGAAAAGUGUCAAACCAGUGCAGCGUGUUCUGGCAAUGGGUGCAGUCAUUGAUGUUCGUAUGUUCUAGGUAAUAUAUUCCAUUAUUUUCCAUGUGAAUUAACUGUUAAAAUUUAAUGCAGGAUCUGAACAUUUGGAAGUUAACUCUACUAGGAAUAACAAUAUGAAAGUUAUUGUGGCACACUGAUUGUAAAUUUUGUGUCCCAGUUAUAAACUAAGUUGACAGGAGUCACACACAGGAUUCCUACAUAUCUGUAGAAACAGUCAUAUUUUGAUAAAUGUAGUAUGAACAAAGUGUAUUAUUGCACAGGGUCAACAAACGGUUUGUUGCCAUUUGAAGUAACGUUACUGAUUUUAUUACAACAUUACCUCUUUUGUUUUUAUAAAAUGUACCAACUUUUAAAUUGAUAAGUUUAUUUUCCUUGUUUAAAAAAAAAAAAGUCGAAAAAGUCUCUUGCCAGUAUUAGACGUUUUUUCUUUGUCUGCUACUUUUGAGGGAAUUUUAGCCAAAGAGUAAACAGAAGAAUAUUUUUACUUUGGUGGUUAUUCACUGUAGUGCAUAAGGUUAGUUUUCUUAUAUGCUUAUAGUUUACCACCAAAAUAAAAUUAUGUAACACUUAAAAAUGACAGAGUGGUUUAAAGUGUACUGCCUGGGUUAGUACUUUUUUAUUCCAUUACUUGAUUAUAUGACUUUUUCUGCUCAUCUUGAACAACUUGAAAAGGUGAUUUUUUUAAAUUUUUUUUUUUUUUUUUCUGUCACCUUAUAGCCAAAGGAAGCAGAGAUAUCUUUUUAAACCUGUGCUUGGUUUAUGGCUGGCCGG